AUGUCGGCCUCCGAUAACCAGAGCUGUAACUUGCCCCCUGGUAAUUAUUCAACCACCCUAGGAGUUUUGGACGUUCCAGAAUGGGAAGCCUUCCUCACCAUCAUCACUCUAGGCUUUUGCAUUCUCAUCACCAUCAUCGGCAAUAUUUUGGUAAUUUUGGGAGUGUUCACUUACAAACCACUUCGUAUAGUGCCCAACUUUUUUAUAGUGUCAUUAGCGGUAGCUGAUUUGACUGUAGCCGUCUUGGUAUUACCUUUAAAUGUCGUAUAUAGCAUAUUGGGACAAUGGGCGUUCGGAAUCCAUUUGUGUAAAAUGUGGCUGACGUCAGACAUUUUGUGUUGCACCGCUUCCAUUUUGAAUUUGUGCGCGAUCGCAUUGGACAGAUUUCGGGCUAUUACCGAUCCGAUAAAAUAUGCCCAAAAAAGGACAAUCAAAAGGGUACUUCUUAUGAUAGUGGCAGUAUGGCUUUUGUCGUUACUGAUAUCAUCUCCUCCCUUAAUUGGUUGGAACGAUUGGCCGGAUACGGGUGCCUUUUUGGCGAAAAAAAAAUGCAGGUUGUCUUCGAGACAAGGUUACGUAAUCUAUUCAUCCUCCGGAUCCUUCUACAUACCGCUGAUCAUCAUGACGAUAGUCUACAUACAAAUUUUUAUUGCGACAAGACGAAGAUUGCGAGAACGAGCCAAAGCUUCAAAAAUUAAUGCCAUCUUCAAAAGAAGAAAAGCCGAUGCAGCUAAUGAAGUGGAUAGAGAAAGCGUGAGCAGUAUUGAAACUAACCAUAAUAUAGAAAUGAACUUCAGAAAAGAGAAGGGCAAGCAAGAAAAUUAUGAAAUGGGGCAGCUGAAACCGAUUCUGGUGGAUGAGGAUUCGGUGACUGAUUUGGGUGAAAACUCGCCCUGCUCCCAACGUAACGGUGGAACUUCCAAAGAUCCGUCUGCACCAUUGGCCCAGUUAAAAAAUACCUCUAGUAAUUCUCGGUAUGCCACAAUCAACUCAAAGAGCAAAAAUCGUGCGAUUAAUCCGCAAAAGAAAAUGAGCGGCAUCCAUCAAUUUAUCGAAGAAAAACAGCGAAUCAGUUUAUCGAAAGAAAGAAGGGCAGCGAGGACAUUGGGAAUCAUCAUGGGAGUGUUUGUGGUGUGUUGGCUGCCCUUUUUCCUUAUGUACGUUAUAGUGCCAUUUUGUCCUGAGUGUUGCCCUACUAGAAGACUGGUUAAUUUUAUCACAUGGUUAGGGUACAUCAAUUCAAUGUUAAAUCCUAUUAUUUAUACGAUAUUUAAUAUGGAUUUUAGGAGAGCGUUUAAGAAGUUGCUAGGAGUACCUGGUAUCAGUUAA